CUCUCUCUCUUCUCUUUCUCUCAAACAUUUUUGCCAACAACAUGCCUUAAGCGUGACAGCAAACUGGUUUAGCUAGGCGCUUGCAAAGAGAAAUAGCGAUGUAACCGUAAAACUAUACACUUCAGAGUCCCUUCUCUCGGGCACGUACAUGUUUGGAUGAUUCCACUACGGGGCGAGGAUAUAAUGCGCACAAAUGACGGGAUCGACGCAUAACUAAGACCAGCGUGACGAGGGAAGAGCAACGCGAGGUGGCAAUGGCUCGGCGAUCACAGUGCUCCGAUGCAGGAGACAACCCCCACGACCUAAACUACCUGCCGCCCCACUACAGAGAGGAGUACCGCAUGGCUAUAGAUGCUUUGAUAGAGGAGGACGUAGAAGGAUACUACAAAUUCCUCCAGUUUGUUGAUGUUGUGGAUUUUCUUGCACCCUCUGAGAUUGAUUACAUCCAAAACUGUGUUCAGAUACCCAAGCAGAGCACCCAUCCUGAGCAUAGGUACUUAGACACAACAGGAGAUGGGUCUUCAGAUACAUAUUGGCCCAUGCAUUCAGAUUUGGAUGCACCCGGACUGGAUCUGGGAUGGCCUCAGAUUCAUCACUUCAUUGGUCCGACGGAGGUGACGACGUUAGUGAACCCAGCGGCUCCAGACAUGCCCAGUAUAAAGGAGCAGGCAAGGAGACUCAUAAAGAAUGCUCAAAUGGUGAUCGCCGUGGUGAUGGACAUGUUUACAGAUGUGGACAUUUUCGCAGACAUCCUGAACGCCACCACGAGGAACGUGGCUGUGUACCUGCUCCUGGACGAGGCCAAUGUGCAGUACUUCAUUAACAUGGUCAACAACUGUAGGGUUAACCUGCAGGCCAUACAGUUUUUGCGUGUGAGGACGGUCACAGGGAUCAGGUAUCAUUGUCGCACUGGGAAGUCCUUCAAAGGGCAAAUGUUGGACCGUUUCAUUCUCACAGACUGCAGGGCUGUGCUCAGUGGAAACUACAGUUUCAUGUGGUCCUAUGAGAAGCUCCACCGCUGCAUGGCUCAUCUUUUUCUGGGACAAAUGGUGUCAACAUUCGAUGAGGAAUUCAGGAUCCUAUUUGCUCAGUCUGAACCUUUGGACCUCAAACGCAUGGAGGAUAUGACCGUUUUACCUAGUCGCCCCUGUCCUGGAGACCGCCCCAUGCUAAGAGACCCAAGGAAAUACCGCACAAUGGAUCCAGGACAGCCAGAGGAGUGGAAUAGACCACCUUAUGAGGAAAAUAUGGACUGGAGAAUGGGGCCGCUUAAAAGACAUGACACUUUUCAAGGACCUAUGGAUAUGUACAAUCGCUAUCCGUCACCCCAGUCCGUCCAAACUAGACUCGAGCCCCCAUUUGAUCAAGGUCCUCCAAGAAUGAUGGAGGCUCUAGCCCAUAAAAGACAUGGUUUUGCAGAGGGUGGACCAGGUAGAUAUAACCUCCCAUAUCAACAACCACAACCAGGAUUACCUGAAGUUGAGCCACCUGGUCGGCCAUUUUACAGAGGGCAACAACACCUCCACCCAGGACAUGACCCAGACUAUGGUAGUUAUGGGUCAAUGGAUAAAUUUUGGAAUCAGGAUUUUCAACAAGAAGAGCCCUAUCCCGAACCAGGAUACCCAAGGGAAAUAGACCCACAUGAAAACUUUGAUCCUGUAUUAAACUAUUUAUCAUCAGCUAGAAAUGUUGAAAUGGAACAAAGUUCUGAUAAGCUGAUUCCAAGUCCAGAUUUGCCUUAUGCUACAACGCACCCUCGUAGACAUAUUGGUCAGCCGUAUGCUUGUCAAACAUCACCUACUCCUUCUAAUACAACAGAGAAGAGGUUUAUGCAAGACCAUUCAAGUGAUCGCAAAGACCCCACUGUGAAAAGAGGGUUAAGAAAUUGGAGAAUUAGCUCCUAUCUUAGCGCAUAUGAUAGUUCAGGAGAGCCAGAGGGUUUACCAAUGGGACACGGUCAAGUUGUAGACCCAUUUGACGACAUGCCUCACCCUAUGCAACAACCAACACCCCCACCACCACAAGCUAUAGAGUUAGCUGUCCCGAAAAUCCCUAACGUUAGAGAAUUCAAGGUUCCAGCAUUACCAAGAGCAAGUCAAAUGCCAGCUUUUGCUAAAACAACUCCAAAAGAUUUACCCAAAAGAUUUCCAGAUGAAAUUCCACAAAUAAUUGUUCCCCCAAUAGUCCAAGAACUUAAAGCACCUACGCCAACUCCAUCUGAAUCUUCGUCAACGACUGAUGGGGAAAAGCAAGAAGAGGUUGAAAUAAGGGAGCCUAUUGCAUCCGUGCUAAGACGAGAUGAUUCUUUUCGUGGGAAGUACAAUGCCGCAAUGCAGAGGGGCUCAAGGUUAAGAUCGUCUCUGAUUUUUAGGUCGCUGGAUCAAAGCACUCAAGAUAAUAGUGACCAAGAUGAGGAUAAAGCUAAGACAGAGGCGGACCAGACUAAAUUGGCAUUUGUUAGUCGGAGACCAGGGGCGAGAGAGCCGUUUGAGUGGAGGAGUUACAUCAAAUCAUCUGAUAAUGCUAAAACUGAAGAUGACUCUGGUAAACAAGCUGAGAAAGAUUCAGAAAGUAAAUCAGAAAACCUCCCAGAAAGUCAGGAAUUAGCAAAGACAAAAGAGGUAGCUCAGUCCCCACAGUUAGCCCCAAAGGUCGAUGCAGUAGAAAGUGCAGCAUCGCCCAAAAUUGAGCAGCCACCUCCUCAACCGAUACAACAACCUCCUUCAUCUCUGCUAAGUGAGCUGUUUUUAGAUAUGAAUGACCCUGACCAGAGAUUUUUGUUCUUCAAAGAGUUAGCAGCAAAACGUAAAGCAGAAAAAGCAGCAGAGGAGGUGAAAUUAAAGCAAAAAAAUGUGACCAAAGAAAAGAAAGAAGAACUGAAGAAGGAGGGAAAGAUGCAGGAAGAAGUAGUGGGAUCAAGUAGUGAAACGACUAAAGAGGAUAGCAAGAAAAUUGAUGCAAAAAUGUUGGACAUGAGCAGUAAAAUUGAAAAUGUUGAUAGCGGAAUUAAAAAAGAGCCAAUGCAAAGCUGUGAUAAAAUAGAAACUAAAAUUGCAACUGAUUUAGAAAAGACUGAGUUAAAACAAAGCCAAGCGUGUAAACCUGAAUCCACAGAAAAACUAACCCAAGAAAAGGAAGCUUCAAAAGAAAUAGAUGCCACAAAACCUGCUGAAAAACAAGACCAGGCUAAAGAAGCUAAUGUAGCUAGCAAAACGGCUAAUGCUGAUCAAGUUACUGAGGAAAAGCAACCACCUACUAAUACUACUGAUACUACCUCAAAAGAUCCACAGUUGAAAAAUAGUACUUCAGUUCCAGAUUUUGCAAAAACAUUUGGAUUGGAUUUAUUCUCCUCUUUGCCAUCAGCGAGAAUCUCUGAACAAUCACUUUCACAGGAAGCUAACAAAGAAGCAACACCUAAGUCUAGGUUAUGGUCCCCGACUAUACAAAGAAGGGAGUUUCUAAAGCCAUUUGGAGAUAAACAAAAGAGUAUUUCAACUGUUAUUCAAAUUGAAGAAGCAACAGAGGAAGGUAGUGAUGUGGCAAGUGAUGCAUCUAAAAGUCAAGGAAAGGCUAAGUCUGAAAUUGAUGACAAAACUGCAACUAAGCAAAGUGCCCAGACAAUUUUGGAAAAUAAGCAGGAAAUGUUAGAAAAAACUGAUUCAAGUAGCACUGAAAAUACCAAAGAUGCUAAAGAGGCUAGUCCAUCAAACUCUGUUACAUCCGUUGUCACAGAAAGCACAACAGUGUUGCCAGUAAUUGCAGAAAAUCAAAAGCAACUAAAUAAAGGUGAAUCAAUUAAAUUAGAAUCUGAGUCUAAAGAGGGAGCUAUUGAGAAAUCACUCACAUCAAUACAGUCACCAAUCAAUGAGGAAUCUGUUGAAAAAUCUUCAACGAGAUCUACUCAAAUUAAAAAGGACACUACAGAUGUUACUUCAGCGGCAAAAUGGAAAACAGAAUUGUCAAAUAAAGAACCAAUAAAGGAGGCAUUGGUCAAAUUUAGUGGCACUGGAAUAAAAGAUAGCAAACGAAGUAUGUCACCGUUCGAGCGAUUAAUGCAAGACAAUUCAAAAACAGAGCAAAAACAACCAAUAGAGAGUGGAAAGGAAAACUCUAGUGUUGAACAAGCUGACAGCGCUCAAAAGUCUGAUAAAUUGCAAGCUACAGUGCUAAAAGGUGAACUACAGCCACAACAAAAAAUGGAAGAAAAAUCAAAUAUUGAAGAUCAAAAUACCAAAGUGACCGGCCCAAAUGAGGUUGUCAAAAUUAUAGAAAAGCCAGGUGAAUCAUUGUCAACAUCGGAAAAAGUAUCUCCUGCUAAAUCUAGUGAAGACACUGUUACAACGUCUAGUAGUACUUUCCCAUCAGAUAAAACAGUGCAAGAAACCUCAGCUACUGUAGAUGAAUCUAAACAGAAAUAUCCUACCUUUGAGGAGGUCGCUCUGCUUGAGUCCCAUUCAAAUACAUCAAGUCCUGUAUCAUUUGCCACAGCUAUUGAGUUUAUAUCUUCAGAAGAUUCGGACUUUCUUUCACCAGACAAAAAUGACCCCCAAAAUUUGUUCAAAACUAGCCAAUUGGAGUCAAGUGUGUCUGAUCUGUCAGAUUUUGAAACACCAAAUUCAGAGAUAAGCAUGUCGCCAAUGCCAGCUACAGUUGAUAUGGAUGAUACUUUUGAGGAUAAUGCGUCUAUAGCAGAAACAGUUAUAGAGGCUCCAAAGAGGAAAGCAGCAACAGCACAAGAGGUGAAAGAUGGCAGCGAAAAUAUCAGUCAAAAGCAAGCAUCUCAGGACAUUUCUAAAUCUAGUGAAAAUGAAAAGAUGGCUGAUAGUGCCAAGUCAGAAAAACAAGUAGAAGGUACUACACAAAUUGCAGCUGUGGAAUCUUCAACUAGUGUAGCAACAAGCAAAGUUGAUGAAACCAAAAUGGCAGACAAAGCUUCAGAAAUGAGUACAGAAAGUAGCACAAAAGAUGUAUCUAAUAUUCAAAGUGAGACUAGCAAGGAGUCUAUUUCAACAGAAGUAAAAACUCAGGAUCUAACUAGCCAAUCAGAAACAAAUGCAGGAUUGAACAAGGAUAUUGUAGUAUCUCCUGGUACUUCGGAAGAGAAGGAAGAGACAAAAAUGGAGGAGAAACCUGCAGAAAUUACAGUUAAAGAUACAUCUAAGUCUCUGGAGGCAAGCAAAGAAUCUAGAAUAGAUGAUAAAAGUUUAGAUCCCAAAAUAUCUGUGAUAGAAAUUGAAGAUGAAACUUGUUCAACUAACCAGUCAAGAACUAAUCCAGUUAGCAAUGUUACUUCUGAGAGUUUAAAACUUGAAACCAACACUAAAAAGGUUUAUAGCCGUUUUCAAGUGGAACCGAGCAAUGCAUCAGCGGAGACCAACGCAAAUAUGGUCACCUCAAAAGUUACAGAGAAGGUCAAAAUAGCAGAUACAACUUCUGAAUUUAAAUCUGAUUCUACUAUUGAAACUAGUUUGGAAAGUAAAAUAGAGGGGAUUGGUCAAAACUUAGAGGCAUCUGAAGCUAAACAAGCUGCAAGUAAUGAAAAUAAAGUGGAACCCCAAGAUAGUACAACAACACAGGAGGCUAAAACUGUAGAGAAAACUACUGAAAUUAUAACUAAAGAGCCAUCUACAGCUGAAGAAAAUAUAGUAUUGGAAAAAGUUGAUUCAAAAACUGUUACACCAAGUAAUACAAAUGAUGUUAACCAGUCACCAACUUGUCCAACAAUCUGUCAAGUAAAAGAGCCAGAAACUUGUAAACCUGCUGAAAUGACUAAUAAUGAUAAUAAACAAGACAAUAAGAAUGAGACUGCUCCAAAAGAUGAGAAAAUUGAAUCGAAAACAGAGAUUUUGAGUAGUACAAGUAAAACUAACCAAUCCACAACAAGUUCAACUACCUCAGAAAUGACUAUAAAUGCAAAUUCAGACAAGGAAACUCCAUCUGUCAAUAAAGAAAUGUCUAAAUCGGCUGGUGGUGAAAAUGAACAGAAGAGUAAAGAUGCCAAUGAUAAUACUAAGGAAAACACUAGUACAUCUGAUUCAGCAAAAGUGAUUGAAACAGCGCCCCCUACAGCUCAGCCAAAACAACAACAAAAGUCACGCUACCUUUCUUCCACCGCUAAUGUCAUCUCAAGCAGUAAUCUAAGAGAUGAUACAAAAAUAUUAUUAGAGCAAAUAUCUGCGAAUAGUCAAACCCGAAAUGAGUCAAAUCCUGCCAAAGAAGCUCCGGUGACUGAUGAGGAAAAGGAAGAUGAAGCUGAUAAAAAUGGAAAAUGCAAAAAUGAUUUAAGGUCAUCUAUGGGGCAACAAAAGACAAGCCAGGAGCGAGAUAAACUUCUGGAGAGGAUUCAAACAAUGAGGAAGGAUAGGAAAGUGUACAGCAGAUUUGAAGUAUGAUGAUAGUUAAAUGAAAUAG